AUGGCAGACUUGUCGGAGGACGAUCACGUCCUUCUUCCAGAGGCAGAGCAUCAUUACAACCAUGUAACUACGGAAAGCAGUGAAGCCUGCCAUGAUGCAGUAUCGAAACUCCUUACCACUUUGAUGGGUGAAAAGUCAGCUUUCCACCUUCGUUCGCCAAAUGAUGACUGCAAUUACGAACAUUACCGCGCACUUAUCCGACUUGUCAUUGAAAAGGCGACCGAUGUGGACAUCUGGAAGGCCGUCUUCGACCUCAUCGUUACCUCGCGAUCGACCCCACCGACGAGCAUCCCCCCCUUCUUUGACGGCACGCUAGUCAAAUCCACCUCGUCAUCACGGGAAGGUUCCGAGCAGACGUGUGAGUUGGUGAAUCCAAGAAUCUUCGAGGAGAUACGUGACUGCACAUUUCGAGACGUCGAGGGCUUCUCGACAAACAGUGACGGUAAUUGGGCCCAGUUUCCUUAUCCUCCUACACAGGAUGAUGUCCUAACCUGGUGGUUUAGUCUUCAAGAAGACCUUCUCGAGGAAUCACGCGGCACCUUCUACUCCACGGUGAGCAAAGCGGAUCUUACCAGUUCGAAGGCGGAACGGCAAGUAUACCUUUUGAGAGCUAGGGGUGGGAGCCCCUCGCGAAACAAACACGACUGGAGAGACGUCCUGGUGAUCAGCCGCUGCGUGCGUGAGGUCUUUGUUGCACAGCCCACUCGGUGGUUCGUCCACGCAUUCACUGUCUGCGGGACGAAGAUGGAGGCGUGGGUGUUUGACUGCUCAGGCCCCUACAGCUCUGGCGUCAUCGACGUCUACGAGGACUCGAGAUGGUUCUUUCAGGUGCUCGUGGGUUACACCAUGAUGAGCGACGAGGAGCUGGGACUGGACACCUUUAUUGCUGGGGAUGAAGGCGGCAACAAAUCAAUAACCAUCAAACGGCCUGGGAACUCAGAGGGAAAGAAGGUGCGGCUGGGUGAAAUGCUUUCCUGUCAAUGUGCCAUCAUGUGUCAUGGAACAACAUGUUUUCUCGCAAACGACGGACAAGUGGAGGGCGUAGUCAAAUUCUCGUGGGUGUCAGACAAGCGGUGGCCAGAGGCCGAACUCCUCAAGCUAGCAGGUCAAAGAAAUGUCCAAGGGGUCGCCAGGAUCAUUGGCCAUGGUGCCAUCACUAGUAUCUCUGACAUGCCCUGUGGCCUGACCUUCAAUGACAAGUGCCACAACUUCAAAAGCGCACCCCCCAGCACAGCCUCCUCGUUUCAUCAAUCUCAGCCGUUCACCAAGCCCUGUUGCUUAGAUAUCCGUCAAAGACCAUCGUCCAGGAAACGCAGAUCCCCGGACAAGGGGAUGCAGACAUCCAAACAAUCGCAUUCCAUCCAUCAACUGCCGAGGGACACCCAACAGGAGAAUGAAGCUUUCUCCGUUCAGUCAGCACAUCAGCCAAGCCUCUUUGACAAGAACGGUGAGGAGCUGUAUGACAACUGUGUCCUCCGCUGUCUUGUGAUAUCACCUGCCGGCCGGCCGAUCUACAGGUACAAGUCACCCUUGGAGCUGCUCAAGGCGUUUCGCGAUGCAAUAGAGGCGCACCGGUCUCUUUACCUGGAUGGGAACAUCCUUCAUCGGGAUAUUUCGGAGAACAACAUAAUAAUUACUGAUCCAGACAAGGCGGAUGGCCAUUCGGGCAUGCUAAUUGAUCUGAAUCUUUCCAAGGAAGUCGGUAGCGGGCGAAGCGGCGCACAGCACCAGACUGGCACGAUAGAGUUCAUGGCGAUCGAGGUGUUGCAUAAUAUCGACCGCACCUAUCGACAUGAUCUUGAGUCGUUUUUCUACGUGCUUAUCUGGCAAUGUGCCCGUCCCGGUUGGGAAAAAUUAAAUGAGCUACAGAUACAGGGACAGGACCAGCCGAAAGACAGCAUGCUGAGAGAAUGGUAUACCGGAACCUAUAAGAAAAUUGCAACUUAUAAAUGA